UCCCGGGACGGCUGGAACGAAUCCUCUCCCUUCCCUUUCAGAGAGAGAGAGAGAUGGAAGAAGACUCAACAUGCAGAGACCUCCCUCUCCUCGUCUCCUCCUUCAUUGACACGUUUGUCGACUUCUCUGUCAGUGGCCUCUUCUUACCCCAACCUCAAAACCCUAACCCUAUUUCUCCCCAUGAAAGCCCUGAUGGAACUUCUACUUCCCUUCAUCCGCUUCAGACCAGAUACCCCUCUCCUGAUCGCCUCGUCGCCAUCGGUGACCUGCACGGUGACCUCCAUAAAUCCAAGCAAGCCUUUAGACUCGCCGGCCUUAUCGACGCCUCCGACCGAUGGAUCGGCGGCAACGCCACCAUCGUCCAAGUUGGCGACGUCCUAGACCGCGGCAAUGAUGAGCUCAAGAUCCUCUACUUCCUGGAGAAGUUGAAGCGCGAGGCGUCGAAAUGCGGCGGGUCGAUUAUCAUUAUGAAUGGGAAUCACGAGAUCAUGAACAUUGAGGGUGAUUUCAGGUACGUAACUCAGUCCGGUCUUGAUGAGUUUAAGGUUUGGGCCGACUGGUUUCGUAUUGGGAAUUCGAUGAAGAGUCUAUGCGAUGGAUUGGAGAAGCCGAAGGAUAUCUUCGAGGGGAUUCCGCUGGUGUUUCGUGGAAUCAAGAAAGAAUUUCACGAUGGUUUCAGGGCUAGAAUUGCUGCAUUGCGUCCCCAGGGUCCGAUUUCUAGUAGGUUUUUGUCCGGUAAUGUUACUGUACUCGUUGUCGGUGAAUCGGUCUUUGUUCAUGGCGGGCUCCUCCAAAACCAUGUUUAUUACGGAUUGGAACGCAUAAAUGAAGAGGUUAGGGAUUGGAUUAAUGGCUUGAGAGGGAGAUUCUCGCCGAGUUUCAUGCGAGGGAGGGAUUCUGUUGUUUGGUUAAGGAGAUUCUCAGACGAAUUGGCUAAGAAUUGUGACUGUUCAACUCUUGAACACGUGCUUGCGACAAUCCCUGGUGCAAAGCGAAUGAUUAUGGGUCAUACGAUUCAAGGAUCAGGGAUUAAUGCUGUUUGUGAGAACCGAGCCAUACGGAUUGAUGUAGGCAUGUCAAAGGGAUGUAUUGAUGGGCUGCCUGAAGUUUUGGAGAUAAGUGGGAAUUCUGGAUUACGGGUCUUGACUUCGAAUCCAUUGUAUCAGAAAAGGUAUGAAUCUCAGCUUAAGGAGGAUCGGAAGGAAGGGCUUGGGUUGUUGCUCCAAGAACAUGGACCAAAUCAAAUUGAAGUGAAGGCUUAAGGUGUUUGAGACUUCAACCCAUGAAAUUCUUUAUUUGAAAAUCUGGAGAACGAAAAGUUCCUAUAAGAAUCAUUCUGAGGAUCACUUUGUGUGUAAUUCAUGAAAGUAGUUUGAACCAUUCAUACAAACAAUCGAUUUAGAGAAUCUAAUGUGUAUAUAAUUUGUUUACCGCACCAUUUGAGCAUUAAGGUGGUUAGAGUUGUGGGAAUUCUAAGUUUAAGAUUUGAACUUCAGUAUUCUUUUAGAAGAAAUCAAUUAGAUGUAGAUGGACAAGCUCCUGCAUGGUGCUUCAGAAAUGAGGAACUUGAAGAUGGAAAGAAAGGUGUCAGAAAUUUGAUGGUGAUGGGUAUCAGUUGCAGGGUUUUCUCCGUUCAUUGACACAGUUUCCACAUUAAUGGGUGGUGAAGCAGUGAAGGUUUGGUUGACAGAUAAUAUGCCUGUGUGAUAUUGCCCAUUUCUCCUUUCAAGCAGCUGCGUUUUCCUACCUCCUUUCUGUUCACCAUUUCAGUUGUUGUAGAAGCGGAUAUUCCAUCUUCCAUUGCUUAUCAUUAUUAUAUACCAUCAUUUUCUUAGUUUUAACUGUUUAUUGUAUGCACCAUAUUUAUAUAUGAUUUAAUGUUUUAAAUCUUUAACAGCA